AUCAUAACCGCAUUAACUCAUUAUACCUUUCGAUAAUAAGAUCAAUUGUGAGCUAUACAAGAUCAGUUGAGAUGAAAAACUCCAAGUGGCAUCUUCAUCUACUAUUACUACUCUUUUUUGAGAGUGGCUUUAUUUCCACUAGCGAUUAUUACGAUGUAGACAAAACUAUUAAGGUGGAUUUAUCGUAUGAAGGAAAAACCGCUUCGGGAUUUAAACAGUUCUUGAAAGAUGCAUUGGAAAAAUGUGAUCUCAUUCCAGGAAAGUAUGUUGAACUUUUGAUCACCCCACCGGAAGGUGCAGAAAUCGACUAUACCGAAAACCUUAUUAAAGUUAUGGAAGAUGUUCUCCCAAGUUACAUGAACGCAACUGAUACAGUCCUCAAAAUUACCUCAGUCGUGAACGAUAUUUCGGAUUUCCUGGAGGACAUUAAAGUGGACAUCAUUAGUGGAUUCGCAGACGCUAAGAGUUUAUACUCAGAUAUACAAAGAAUCACUGAGCCUUACGUGUUGAAAAUAGUGUCAAUGUAUGACGAAUUCCAUACCAAAUUAACCGCAAUACUGGAGGAUGCUAUUGCAUCCUGCAAACAUUGCUCAGAUGCCGCAGACGCGAUAAGUUUCAUCCUGAAUUUGGACCUACCAAAUGGAACGACUCAUGACUACGUUGACCAAAUACUUGAUUAUGCAAAUAUAUAUUUGAAAGAGAAAUAUUCGGCAUUUGCCAUCGAUAAAAUUAUCCUCGAGAAUAGAGACGGAACGAUGAGGAAUGCCCAGUUGCUAGUCAAGUUAUUACCCAAUGCACAAAACGACGUUACGAAACUAAAACUUGAUUUAUCCUCUGGAGAUGUAGACACAGAGAUACUUAUACAAAGACUCAUUUCGAAAUCAAUAUCGAUCGAUGUGGAGUCAAGAUGUGAACCAAUAGAUAUCCAAGUAAUACCAGAUAAAAAAGGUGAAAAAGCAAUAGAAGAUAUAAAGAGGAUUUUCCAAAAAGUUCUCCAAGCUUUUUCACCUGAAAAAAAGUACAUAAUAACACAACUCACCGCUGAAACAAACAUUGAAAAUACAUUCGCCCUUCAAAUCGAAUGCCCACGAGCUAAAUCCGUAAACGACCGAAAGUUAAGAAUGAGAAAGAGGAGUUUAUUAUUCGGAUUCAAGAACGAGAUAAUAAUCGAUCUUACACGACCAGGAGUAAGUGUAGAAACAGACCUUCAAAAGAGUAUCCCACAGAUUCUAUCUAAAAUACAGGCGGAAUUAAAAACCAGUAACUAUGUGAGUCUAAGUUUCAGUGUGCGAACGCCACCCAAACAAGGUUCGGGCUACAUUAGGAUCGCACAGAACGAACUCUUGCUUGCUCUGAAGAAGUAUUUCAAGGAUUGCCAGAUUAAUGUUGCUGCUAGACCGUUGAUAGGUUUUGGAGGUUUUCUAUCUCAAAUAGUUUUCGAUGUAUCUCUAGAACAAAGGAUGAGUGGAGGCAGCAUCCUAGGAAAUGGAAUCGAAAUCUUAUUGGAUCUUUUCUCACCAGGCAUCAAUGUGAUUUCUGAAGUGCGUACUAUUAUACUUAAUCUGUUGCCCAAAAUAACCGCAGAUAUACGAUUAGGAAAGACUGUUUCGUUCAGUCUGAAGGUAAGACCCCCGAAAAGUUCGAAUUCGGGCUUCUUGCAAAAAAUGCAAGACAAGAUCCGGCUACAACUCAAAACUUAUUUUCCUAAUUGCGGUAUAUCUGUGUCGCCUAAAAAUAAUAAUGUCGGAAAUGGAGACUAUCUGAUUUUCCUCGUAGAAUUGCAACCGUUUUAUAAUAUUGCAACUACUCCACCAACUGGAAAUUUCGAAAUAAAUCUAGAGACUCCUGGUGCUUCCCUCGAAUCACAAAUUUCAAUUCAUUUACCAAGUGUACUUCCCAAAUUGCAGAAUUUAUUGGACAGUAACAAACCUGCUUCCUUAUCUUUGUCGGUUAAACCUCCCAGAAAUUUCGGAUCUAAUUAUAUAUCACUAAUAAAGCACCAACUUACAGUUAUAAUGCAGAGGAAAAUUCCAAAUAGAAAAAUUUCCAUAAUCCCCGUCAAAGAAAAUCCUUCUGAAAUUUCAUUCAACGUCAAUAUACUCCCAAAACUAGACGAUUCAAAUUUUCCAUCAAUUGCCGAUAUCAAUUUGGGAAUAAAAGGAAUUGACCUGAAGAAAGAAAUAAAUGCCUUCUUGUCAAAUCUCCCGCCGAACUUCCAGAAAAAUUUGGAUAGACGCAUUCCUCAAACCUUUGAAAUCGUAGUUGAAACUUCCCCGUCUGAAGGAACCCCAUCAAUCGAUAGAUAUUUGGAAGAAAUAAAAGAAAUACUCAACAAGCGUUUCCCCAGCUGUUAUAUAUCGAUAAGUGGUAAGGUUGAAAGUGGCCUCCAACCAAAUACUAUCAUGACAAUCUUCGAAGUACUACUUCAGCCAGGAAGAAAGGAUCAGGUUGCUUUUCUACCAGGUUCUUGGUUGAAAAACAAGUUAGAUUUCAACGGGGACAUUAACGGACUUAUCUCUGAAAUACAAUUUAUACUGAAAAAUACCUCAUCGGCUGCUAGUCAACAGUUGAAGCAAAACAAGACAGUUGGUUUCAGUUACGAGAUAGUAAUAGAAGAAGAUACAACGAAGAUCGAUCUGGAGGUUAUUGCUUCCACUAUUUUGUCACAAUUGAUCGAUGUUUUCCCAGAUUUCCGGUUAGAUACCACUAUAAACUGCAUAGAGGAUACGGAAAAUUUCAUAAAAAAGGGAGAAAUAAACAUACUCAUACAACCGGAACAAAGAAAUGAAGAUGUUCAGUGGGUAAGCUACCCCAAUAGAUUCGUAUUGGAAUUGUUCAGAGAAGGUGCCACAGUGGACUCUCAAAUGAAAAAGGUAAUCGCACAGUUGUUCGGAAAAAUUGGUGGAGAUUCAAAUAAAGAUGACUCUCACAUAGUUCAGUUCCUCAUAAAACCACCGAAGAAUUCCGACGAGAAAUUCAUGUAUUUCACAUCAGACCGAAUCAUGGAUAAUCUCUGCAGAUAUUUCCCCGAAUAUUUCAUCGAAAUUAUUUCGAAUGCAAUAAUGGGCGAUCAGAAUAGCAUUACGGAAAUCGUACUAAACGUCAGAUUAUAUCCGGGAAGGACACCUGAAGAAAUCAGCAUUUCGACUGGAGAAAGUCCGGGUAUUUUUGAACUUGACGUCACGAAAACUACGGGAAGCCCCAUUGUACAAAUCGGUAUAUGGAUGCAAUCUAACUUGGGAAGGAUAAUCACCGAACUCAAGUCAAAACCCGUCAUUCUUAUUUUCAACAUUGAGCCUAUAGAAAACUCAAGAAUUGAAUAUCAAAUCAUGAAAUUGAAUGAAAUCAAAGAAUUGAUCCUGAACUUAUUUAUCAAUCACAAUAUACGUUUCGAGGUGAGAGGAGUCCAGGAUAGAAGGGGUUUCGUUAAGCGUACAGAUGUUGUAGUAAAAAUCCAACCAAAUUUUAAAGAAAUGACUGAUACAGGAUUUCUCGGAGGAAUCCUAUGGGACGCUGAUGAAAAUUCGUUCCAAAUAGAAAGACCACCGCGAGACCUUACAUGGGAUAUGACUAUACGAAAUGAAUCCGUGUGUGAGAUGACAAUAAGGCCCGAUGACAAUAUAGCAAUGGCCGUUGAUUCUGAAAUUAGAAAAAUUUUAAUCGAUAUAAGGAAUGCAUUGAAGGUUGAGAAAAUGUACCAAGCUGGAUUCCUUUUGCAAUUUCCUGGGGGUAUUUCUAAGCAAAAAUUACAAUUCAUAUCGAAGUUAAUGGUCGAACACUUCGAACAUUUCAACGAUAAUUACAUAUUCAAGACCAACAUACUAGAUGAACAGAUUGAUAAAGAUUCAGUGACGAAAGCGAAGAUCAUUGUCGACAUAACAUCACCAAAACGAACAGAAAUUCACAUCGGUUCAGCAGAAAAAGGGCAGAAUAUUCUGGAGGCAAUAAAACAAAAAUUGGCUGAAACAAAGAAGAAAAUGAUGGAUUCGUUAAAUCAAGGACAGAAAGCAGAUAUUGUUCUCAAUUUCUCGAAACCAAAAAGUCCAUCAUCGAAAUUCGUAGAGGAAACUCUAGCAAUAUUAGAUCAAGAACUUAGUGUGAUUUAUCCCGAUAUAGAACACAUUUUGAGUAUCGAGUCUUUUGAAUCCUCGUCAUUUUCGGUCAAGGUCACAUUGAAAGGAUCGCUCUCUCAAAUAUUGCCACCUAAGAAAUCGACCCAUUUUAAUGUUUGGGUCGGAGGUCCAGGAGCAACUCCUGAAAAAAGAAUAGAAGAUACUUUGAACUCCUGGUCACCUAUUUUGAAAACUUUCCUCGAUGAUCGCAGAAAAUUAACAUUUGUUAUGGACAUAGACCUCACAACGGAAUCGAAUGAGGCGGAAGUUCGAAAAAUAAUGGAGAAUUUGAAAGCGUCCAUAAAGCGGAGGUUCCCCACAACUUGCAUAGGUAUCACGCCUUUCUUGUCCAGGAACUUGGACAAAUCAAUAUAUAAGAUCGAAUUCGAGGUAGAUAUCGAGUCAUAUAUCAUCGAUGGAUCUUCAGCAGUCGAAAACAUCGUACUGGACCUUUCCAAUCCAAGCCGUCCUAUCAAGUCGCAGUUGAAAGAAACUCUUCCGAAUAUAAUCCGCGACGUUCAGAAACAUUUAGAUCAGAUGAAACCAACCGUUCUUAAUUUGAAUAUUCGUCCUCCUGAGGAAUCAACAGAAAACUUUAUGGACAUAAUUUCUGAAGUAAUUGCGCCUUCAUUAACGUCUCCGUUCUGUGGUUGCAAAAAGAAUUGGAUGGCCAAACCUGACUUCGACUUCAAUGGUUACUUGAUCGACAUCUCAAUGAGUAUAACAUUUGAACCAUCCAAGCGUUCUAAACUUGAAAAACCGACGCAAUGUGCAGAGGAUAUUGAUAUAGAUUUGACGAAACCUGGUAGUAAGUUGGAGGUAGAAUUCGAUAGAAUUUUCCCCACAAUGUUCACGGAGGUUCAAGUAUACUUAGAGCAAGGAAAAACGGUGACUUUGGUUUUCCAACUAGCUCUUCCUCCAAACAGUGCUCUGAAACAGAUCUCAGAAUCUUUGAUGGGGAUACUUCAGAAUUACUUCCCCUACAACGAAGUUUCCAUUGCGAUUCAACAAAAGAGCGAUAAUGUGAAAUCUUCCGCGACCUUGACCGUAACAGUACUACCUGAGAAGGAUCCUCUUCCUUCUUCAAAUAUUGAUAUACCUCUGGACUUGUCACAAGCGUAUAGCGUCCAAUUCAGUUUAGCAGAAUUGGCUAAGAUGUACAAGUCGCGACUACAUGCUUUGUUGCAGCAACAGAGCACCCUUACUGUAGGCCUUAGGAUAAAUCCUCCUAGAGGAGUUGGCGACAACUUCCUCGAAACACUUACUACAUAUGUAAUGGAGGCAAUCAAUGGGGUCAUAAAAAAUAAAACGAUCCAGGUGCAGAGUAAAGCAGCCAAGAAUUCGAAAGGAGCAUAUAUCAAAAUAAGGACGGUCAUUACUAUCUCUUAGCUCGAGUUUUCAAAAUAAUUGAAGUAGGCAUAUUGAAAAAGCCUCUAUUUUUAUUCAAGUAAUUGCUGUAGAUCCUCCUAUAGUCUUGUAAAUUAAAGGGAAUUUAACAUGGA